AUGGGUAAGAAAGUUGGGUUUGCACCAGAGCCUGAAGAGGACUUAAAAGAACAUCAUGAACAAUUGAAAAAGAUAGAACAAGACAAAAGACAGUAUAACAGCUUCCAAAAAAUGCCCCCUGAAUUACUGUACUUAAAUCCAAAGACUCCUGGACCUAAACCUUUACCUACCAAAAUUGAAUCAACUGAACCUAAACCAAUUAAAAAAGUUAAAGAAUUAGGGGAUUUAAAGCGCUGUCAUGUCAAAGAUAUUUCAGUUAUCAACAAAGACACGGAAAUUAAUUUCAACUACCCAACCAUUGAAUUACCUAUAUCUUCAUAUAAUUUAUUAGUCCAAGUUGAAUUUGCAGGACUCAACUCUUUUGAUAUCAGUAAAAUAAAUAAAUAUUAUUACAAUUUGAGUGAUACAUAUGUUGGUUUAGGGUAUGAAUUUUGUGGAACUGUGGUUGAUAUUGGUAAAAAUGUUAAAAAUGGAUUGGCUAAAGGUGAUAAGGUUUUUGGAAGUGUUAGUCCUUUUGGUAGAAAAGGAUCAUUAAGUACGACAUUAUUACUUAACCCACAGAAAGAUUUCAUUGUCAAAAUAGACGAUGAAAUGUUAGAGAGUCUUGAGAAUGUGGAUAUAAAUUUAGAAUUCAAUGAACCAUCCAAUUUACAAAUUUCAACUUUAGGAAAAUUUUCUUCAUUACCAGUAUUGUACUGUAAGACUAAACAAGCAUUACAACACUUGAAAAACCUUCAAUCUCCAGUUAUAUUAAUUAAUGGGGCAGAUACAAAUUUAGGUUUAACUAUACUUCAAGUAUUGAAUUCCUCAUUAUACAAUUUCCAAUAUUUAACUUUAAUAUUGAUAGUUGAAGAUGGGAAUGUAGAAAUAAUGGAAAACUAUGUCAAGCAAUUCCAAACCCCCAAUAAGAUAUUUGAAAUAAUUGAAUUCAAUUUAGAAAAUACCGAUAUAGUAUUACCAGGAGAGAAAAUUCCUAUCAAUUUCAAAAAACCUGAUUUAAUGGCUGUUAAUAUUUUUGAGUCGAUGUUCAAACAUUCCAGUGAAACCAUCAAUAAAUCUAAUAUCAAUAAUUAUAAAUGUGAUCUCAUCAUAGAUAUAAUAGGAUCAAAUUGGUUAACUAAAACUUCCAUCAAAUAUAAAAAAUUGGAUUAUUUAACUUUACCUGUUAAAUUUGAAACUCCUUUAUCCUCAUUACUAGUUGCCAAUAAUGAUUAUUUCUUCACUAAACUUUUGAAACCCAAAUCGUCGUAUUCAUCAUUUGUUUCUUUCUGUAAGUUCAACUUAAAAGAAUCAAGUUAUAGUAUUGAUAAAUUGAUUGAUUAUUCAACUCAAUCCAACGAGCAAUCUUUAUUGAAUCCAUGGGCUGCCAAUUGGACUUCCAACAUUGCUAACUCAUUAAUCAAAUAUAAUUAUCAUGACGAGAUAAAUCUUAUUGUGAAGAGUUCGUGGAUCAUGGAAGGAUAUCAAUUAUUAGCUGAUAAUGAAUUGAAAUUCAAGAUUGAUGAAUUCAUCGAUUGGAGAAAUAACUUCAAGCAAUAUUAUACCAAAUUACGUAAGAAUGACGGGAAAGUAAUCUUUUCCCUAGAAAAAUUCUAA